CGGAAGUUAUCUUACGAUGUCGGCGUUUGACUAUUUGACUGGAGGAAGAACUGCCCACCACAGAUGCGGCUCCACUGCUGGAGACCCCACAGUAUUCCCCACGUCAUCGCGCUAUCGCGCUAUGCUAUGCCGACCCCCAUGGAGUAGUGGAUCGGCAUUCUCGUGCUCUUCCGGGACUGCGAUAUAAAUCUAAACGUCCUCCUUGGAUGUUUGAGGUUCAUCGCAAUCCUCCCUCGCGACGACCCUGGUCUUUGCUAGCGACACUCGACACCGACUGCGCAGCUCAAAAAAGUUUCUGCUCGUAACGAAUUCGCCUCAACGAGUCCCAAUCAUGGCAAAGCUCGACCUCCCCGCGGUAUGGCGCGACAUCAAGACGUAUCGUCGAGCCUACCUCCUCACAGUAGUUGCUUCCUUUGGUGGAAUGCUUUUCGGUUGGGACACGGGUCUGAUUGGUGGUGUUCUGACAAUGGAUGCCUUCCAAGAGUCAUUCAAACUUGACCCUUACAGCCCCAACUUUGCCAAUCUCCAAGGCAACAUCGUCUCCGUUCUGCAAGCCGGCUGCUUCUUCGGCGCUCUCGCAUCAUUCUACGUCAGCGACACCUUUGGCCGCAAGCGGGCUCUCAUCAUCGCGGACAUCAUCUUCAUCAUCGGCUCGAUGGUGCAGACACUCUGUGCACUGGGCACAACCAGCCUGGCUCAGCUAUACGUUGGACGUGUCAUUGGCGGUUUCGGCGUUGGUCUCAUCUCAGCUGUUGUACCAACAUACAUCUCUGAGAAUGCACCCAAGGAAAUUCGAGGACGAUGCGUUGGAUGCAUGCAACUCGCCAACGUCACCGGCAUCUGUCUGUCGUUCUUUGUCAACUACGGCAUCAACCUCGACAUCACCAGCCGCUUCAACUCCGCUAAGUGGCGCGUUCCUUUUGCUCUACAGAUGCUCCCCGGCGUCAUCCUCCUUGUUGGUAUCGUCUUCAUGAACGAAAGUCCCCGCUGGCUUGUCGAGAAGAACCGCAUUACUGAAGCAGCCACGGCACUUGCCCACGUGCGCGGCAAGCCCACCAACGACCCGGAUGUUGUCCAGGAGCUUGACGACAUCAUUGCUGACUUUAACGGUCACGAGAAGAUGCCAAUGGUCGCCCAGCUCAAGUCGGCCUGCUCGAACAAAAAGAUCUUCUACCGCUCUUCCUUUGCUGUCAUUCUCAUGUUCUGGCAGCAGUGGACUGGUACAAACUCCAUCAAUUACUACGCACCGCAGAUUUUCAAGCAGAUUGGUCUCACAGGUGGCUCCGCCGGACUUUUCGCGACUGGUGUCUACGGUAUUGUCAAGAUCGUCGUUACUGCUAUUGGUCUGAUGGCCUUUACCGAACAGCUCGGCCGCAAAUGGUCACUCUUGAUCGGCUCUGCAGGCCAAGCUUUCGCUAUGUUCUACAUCGGCAUCAACCAGGCUGUGCACCCACCCACCGGUGAGCUGGAUGGCAACGCCAUCUUCGCCAUCAUUUGCGUGUAUCUCUUCGUCGUCUUUUACUCGUUUGGCUGGGGCCCCAUCCCCUUCGUCCUUUCCUCCGAGUGCGCGCCAAACCACGUUCGUUCGCUCAUCAUGGCUGCCGCCCUUAUGACCCAAUGGCUAUUCAACUUCGUGAUUGCAAAGAUCACACCCAUCAUGCUCGCGGAUAUCACUUACGGUACUUUCCUGCUGUUCGGAGCCUGCUGCAUCAUCAUGGGUAUCUACACCAUUUUCUGCGUGCCCGAGACCAAGGGUGUGCCGCUCGAAUCUAUCCACCUCCUGUUCGAGGGCAACAUUGUUGCUGGCUGCGUCAAGGACGCUGUCCCCGCAAUGUCGCGCGCGAAGAAGAUCAAGAACACGCACUACGCUGAGGAAGUUGAGGAUAUUGACGGAGGCGCGCCGAAGCAGAACAGGAGCGUCGAGUAUGUCGAGACUGCUUAAGAAGAAUCGGACGAGAAAAGACGGAAAGGAAAGUACCUACCGC